UCAACGGCAACCCCUCCCCUUUGUGUACAUCUCCCAUGAUGCCUCUGUACCUCCACAGCUGACUGAAUUUUUGUGGAGGGCUGCUCACGCUUGGGUAGCAUUUAACAUGUGAAAGUACGGCUUUAUUUUUUUUCUUUCUUUUUUUUUUUUUAAAUAUAAACUCAACUGCAGUCAUUCCGUAAACAAAUGGCUAUAGCAGUUCAUGGACUGGCAAGGGGGCAGUGAUCCUUUAACGAGAUGUGGGCUGCCAUUGAUUCCUGCAGUUGAUAUGGAACCCCCACCGCCAGAUCAGUGUGAUGGUUUACAUCCUCAACAAGACUUUGCCCAAUGCAGUAUCCCUGUUGUUUAUGACCUGUCAAUAAAGCACAGAGAUGGCCCACAUAAAAACAGUACAAUGGAAGCCCUGCAUAUGAGGAACAAACCAAACUGGUACAACAAGGAAGUCUUCCAGGAAAACAGCUCUGACCACCCAGCUCAUCAGAGUGAUCAAAUCCAGCCAGAUGAUGCCUUUUCAAAUACCACGGUCACACUGUCCUAUGUGAGUCGAUCUCAUAUGUUUUCUUCUCAUCAGAAUAUGUCACGUUCCUUACACAAGCAGCUUCCCCCUCUCUGUGUUCCAGCUGUCAACAGAAAACUGUCUCUCCAUUCCCUUCAUGAGGGUAACACAUUGGUGUCUUCACAGUGUGAGAAAGAGGUGGAUCAUCAUGAAAACCAUUUAGUACAAAAUAUCAUUAAGCCAUCUGGGGGAGCUCAGUCGAGUACACAGUCACUUCACCAGAGAGAAAGUUUUGGACCAAAUGGAAAACAGGCCACAUGUCAGUUGAAUGUGAUAGGACUUCACCUACAGCAUGCAGGUGCUAAUAGUGAGACCAAAUCCUUCCAUGACAGAAAUGAGGACAUUCACAUACAAAAUGGUACAGAUAACUGUUUGCCUGAUAAGUGGUCAUGUAAAAGUAUAAAAAAGACAACUUGGGCCCCUGUGGACUUUAAAAAAGAGAGUAAGUUAGCUGAGUCCCAAAUGCGUGUAGUGUGUUCAGGAACUGAAGAACCGGUGGACUUGAACAGUUCGAGUUGUAGCAACAAAUCUUUUAUUCCAAUAAAUGGGGAAUGCAAUGGUCCUUCGCAUGAGGAUACAUUAGCCUCCCCUGCUACCUCACAAGACAAAACUGGAGACACUUCUGUUGUGCAGACACUAAAUACUCCCUUUUCCAAAUAUGAUUUACAAGAAGCAGAUGCCAAUGCAAAGUCAGUUUGUGAUCUAAAAUUGAAGCCUGGGGAACCUAGUGAAGCUCCUGCUUUUGCUGAAGCGACUACAGUAUGUGUUAAAGUGGGGGAUUCAGUUCAGGAGCACUGUAGCAAGCACACUGCAGCCGCUGCAAAUAUGUCGGAUUAUUCCACAGAAAUGUUGAAACCUUCCAGUAGCCCUUCCCCAACAAGUACAGAAAACAAUGCAAAGACUGAUGUAACUCAGUACACAGAGUCAAAAGCUUCUGAUGUAUGUCUGCCAAACUGUAAUGCAGGCCUAGGUGAGAAAACUAUUGAAAGGAAAAUUCUUCCUCCCCGCUCCAGGAGGGGAAUACGGUUAGAGGAAAUUGUGCAGUGCAUCACCCCAUCUAGAACCCGAGGUAAAUCUGCAGGAUCAAAAACGCAGGCCCUUGAGACUAGUCGUCGGGAAGCCUUGGUAUCUUCAAAAGUGGAAGACUGCAUUGAGAAGUCAUCCAGUCAUGGAAACGAAGACGGUAGAUUAAAGGAUUCAGUUAUUUCUAAGGAAGAUUCAGAUAAAGUAGGUAAAGAAAGGUUAAAAAACAAGAAUUCUACCGCAGAUGAGGGAACAAGCGAUGCAUCUACAUCUCUGCAAAGCAGUACAUCUCUAGAGGCAGUCCUCCAUACGCCUAAACAUUUAAAAGAAAAAACGCUUUGUGACAAAGAAGUAAUUGGCCUAUCUCCACCAGAGAAGAAAAACCUUAGACCAGCAUCCACCCCCAAGUCGUGCCAGAAUAGUAGUGCAUCACCACAAAAAGACUCACCUGUCAACAAUAAAUAUGCUGAAACAAAGAAACCCAGUAUGAAUAAAAGAAAGAGGAAGAAACACAAUGCUGGACUGUCCUCAGUGUUUUCUCCAAAAGAACCUGAAAUCAAAUUGAAGUACGUCAACUACAAAGAGGAGAAAAGGGACAAUAAAAUGGAUACGUUUUCACCUUAUGUCAGAUUAGAAUUAAAAGAUUCAAUGUGUACCAUAAUCAACUACCCAGAGGAAGAAAAGGCCAAGCUUAAAGGAAAAAACAGCAGCCAGGCAACCCAGUGCUACUCCUCUGGUGCAGUUCCCAUGACCUCUUGUUUGCUGCUGGGCCGUUUGAGCAGUGACAGUAGAAGGAGAAGCCAUCUAGUCUGUUGUCUUUGUGGCAGGUCUGCCAAUGCAAUGGAUCUGGGUGAUUUGCACGGACCGUAUUACCCUGAGGGUUUCAAACCUUCGGGCAAAAAGCAUGCAAAUGUGCAGAUUUUGAAAGACAAUGACAAUGACAGCAAUUCUGAUUCAUCAUGUAGUGUCAAAGAAAAAAAACACAGUCAGACUGUCACAGCAGGAGAGUCUCCUAGCAGGCUUUCUCAACACAGCCGCGCGUCGAUGAAAGAAGCCUGUUUGAUUGGGCAGAGACGAAGGUGGAGUAGUGCUGGAAGUGGCACCGGAAGCCCUGUUCCUAAGAAGCCAAAGACCGACCCAACCGCAGAUGAUUGGUACAGCCCCCCUAUAGUCCCGCUGGACAGUAGUGAAUAUUGGAUUCAUGAAGACUGUGCAAUAUGGUGUGCUGGGGUAUACCUAGUGAAAGGAAAACUGCAUGGGUUGGCAGAGGCAACAAAGCUUGCCCAAGAAACGGUAUGUUCCACUUGCCAUACAACUGGUGCCACAUUAGGCUGCUAUUUCAAAGGGUGCCCGAAUAAAUAUCACUAUAGUUGUGCUAUUCAGUCAGAUUGUGUUUUAAGUGAAGACAACUUUUCAAUGAGAUGUACCAAGCACAAGGUAGGAGUCGUUCUAUAUAGUCACAGUAACAGUCUUAGUUUAUGAACAUAUCGUUUAAAGGGUCUGCUGCAACCGGUAGAUUGGAAAGCAGGUGACAGAAAAAUACUUCCCAACUCAAAUUUAGCAUUUCAUUUUGGUAAAUGCUUGUAAUAGUCAGGAAUGGAGAUGGUGGCACUGCUGCAGUCGCGUAUGGCAUCACAAGAACCUCUCCUAACGGCUCAGCAAGCACACCUCAAUCUUGAACUGCCCCUCUACACAAAAUAUCUAUACAACCAGGCACUCGAGUAAGAUUCAACUUGCUCUUGAGAGUGUUAGAAUCUAGGUCACAGGGAUCUGCUUAUUCAUGCUAGUUAUGUAAUGUACAUGCAGAAUUAAACAGAUUAUUAUUAUAAUACAUUUAAGGCAGGUGAGCUUUCAAAUAUCCAACCAAGGAGAUCCAAGUAUUUUUUUUUUUUUGUAGUUCCUGAUUUAGAUUUUUUUUUUUUGGUUUGUUUUUUUGCAGGUGUAUUCCACCAUUGCAGUGAAAGAUUUUACAAGGUGUCACCUCUGGCGACUUUAUACCAACGGACAAAACUAUACUGGGAGAAUGUGCUUUGGUUUGCUUGUGAUGAUUUGGUUGAAUGCAAAAAUCUAAAAAACUUCAUUUUAGAUUUUUCUUCUACAGCUCAAGCCAAGUACAGUCCCAGGAAUUGGCUUUAGCUUUCAGAGAAUUCUCUUUACUCCAUGGUUGACAGCCAUAAAAAUCAAUUGAUGUAUUUUUUUUUUAUCAAAGGGGAGUUGGUCCUUGUUAAUAACUCACUAGAACUGGAUAUCCUUGCAGUAGUUGGGAAUCAUUUAUGCUAGAAUAAGCCUUGACAUUUGCCCUCCCUAAUUUAUUAAAUUUAAGCCAUUCAAGUGUGUUUGAUAACCACAUGAAUUUCUACCUUGUUACUGCCCUCAUAAUCAAUGUCUCCCAUUAGUUUCAGCAGGUUGCAGUUAAAAAAAAAAAAAAAAAAAAAAAGUUUUUUAAUCUGUCAAUUACUUGUGAUCAUUAAAGUAAUGCAGAACAUUUUGUAUUGUUUAAUAAUAAAUAUUAUUUAUUUGUACUUUCA